GUUCAACAAUCGAUUACAAUCAGUCGAUGUUAGUGGCGUAAAAGCUAAGUGCUAUAUAGCUCGCAAGCAAGGCACAUGAGCAAAUUGUUUUGUGGUGGAAGCGUCGGCGCAUUUGUUUUGUUUUCGAUUCCUUGGUUUUUGUCAUAAAAAAGUGAAUUAGCACAAUGGUAAAGAGAAGUCAGAGACGCCGCAAAAAGAACAAGGAAGAUGGGAACCCUACAACUGGAGCAGUGACAACUGCCAAAAUCAAAAGCAAAGCUAAAACCAAAUCCAAGUCAAGUAAAUCAAAUGACAAGGAAAACACAAAUAUGAGUACGUCAGAGCAGAAGAAGCUGUCAUUUUGUGAGCUACAAAUGUUGCAGCAAACAGUAUUCGAUUUUUUGAAAAGCGACAAGCUGUCCGAGGAGCUCAGCGGCUUAAACAAUGUCCAGCGCAAGGAGAUUCAUCUCUUUGCCAGGCAACAUGGCCUAAAGACGCGCAGUCGCAGCAGCGCCGGCGACCGACUGCUGACCAUCUCCCGCAACGAGUGCCUUCAGCAGCACAUUCGGCUGCAAGAGGUGCUGCUGACGGUGUCGACGCGGACCAGCGUUGUCCUCGGCACAUCCCUCAACGAGUUGGACCGCAAACGGAUGCAGCCCCACAACGAGUACCAUCAAGGAUUCGCUUCCCAAGGAGGCGGCGGUCUCGUGGCCAAACCGCGUGUGCCUCCAAAUGCACGAUUCAAUAAGACAAUUCUCGCCGAACAGCGACAGCUGCCUCUCCAAUCCAAACGGAGCGCGAUACUCGAGUCCCUGAACAGGUCGCAGGUGCUCAUUGUAAACGGUGCCACCGGGUCUGGCAAAUCAACGCAGCUGCCACAGUAUCUGCUGGAGAAUGCAACGGAUCGCAGGCAGCCUAUUCGCAUUGUUGUCAGUCAGCCGCGUCGCAUUGCCGCCGUCAGUGUGGCCAGUCGCAUUGCCGAGGAGCGCGGCGAGGUUCUGGGCAAUGCAGUCGGCUAUAUAAUACGCAUGGAGAGCAAUUUCAGCAGCAAUACGGUGCUAUCGUUGACCACAAGCGGUUGUUUGCUACGCUCUUUGGCCAUGAAUGGAGCUGAGUUCUUUGCCAACACAACGCAUUUGAUUAUCGAUGAGGUGCACGAUCGAGAUCUGAAUACGGAUUUUCUGCUGCUGGCCGUUAAAUUGGAAUUGCAACGCAAUAAGUCGCUCAAGUUGAUACUAAUGUCAGCCACAAUGGAUCUGCAGGCAUUGUCCAGCUAUUUUAACAAUGCGCCGGUCAUUUAUGUAGAGGGACGAAGCUUUAAUGUUCGCAUUUAUCCAUUGGAAAAGGUACUCUCAAAGACAGGCUAUAUGACACCUCAGAUGAUGCGGAUGUUGGGCAAUGAUGACAAUGCUGACGAGGAGCAACUAUUGCAGGCCUACUUGACAGCACACCACAGUCGCGAGGAGGACAACAUUGACAAUGCCCUCAUUGUGUCGUUGUUGCAAAUGCUCUUGCUUAUGGGCGUGAAGGGUGCUGUGAUUGUAUAUCUGCCUGGCUAUCAGGAUAUGACCACAUUGAUGGACCAUUUGCUGGAAACAUUGCCUGAGGAUCAUAUCAAGGUUAUGUUGCUCCACAGCCAGAUCGAUGGUCUAAAGCAGAAGGAAGUCUUUCGCGAAUAUUCAGAUGUGCAGCUAAAGAUUGUGCUCAGCACGAACAUUGGCCAAACGUCGAUCACCAUUCCCGAUCUGUUGUAUGUGAUCGAUACUGGACGAUCAAAAAUGAAGACCUAUGAUGUGGCAACGGGAGCAUCACAGUUGGCCUGCACUUGGAUAUCACAGGCGGAUGCACAACAGCGAACAGGACGUGCCGGUCGAUGUCAGGAUGGCAUCUGCUAUCGUCUGUAUAGCACUGAUCAAUUCAACAAUUUUAGCCGCUUUGUCGUGCCAGAGAUGAGGCGUCACACGCUUGACGAGAUUUGUCUGCUGGCUAAGAUUGCCGUACCGCAUCAGCCCAUUGAGCAGUUUCUAUCACUGGCCUUGGAUCCACCAGAAACCACUGCUAUUGCCCAGGCGUGCGCCAAUUUAAAAUUGCUGAAUGUGUUGCAUGAUAGUGACGAGAGUGUCACAGAUUUGGGACGCAUCAUUGCCGAGCUGCCGCUUGAUGUCCAGCUGGCCAAGUGCUUGGUCUAUAGCAUCUAUUAUUGCUGUGCGGGCAGCGUGUCCAUCAUCGCCGCCUUCUACUCGGUUCGCGAUCCCUUCGUUCUGCCCAUCGAUCGCUCGGCACGCAACGAACAACGCAAGGCCCGAGAUGCGUUCUGUGUUGAUAGCUACAGCGAUUCGCUCGGUAUUCUCCUGCUCUUUAAUGAGUACACGUUGGUCUCCCGAAAGGGUCGCCGUGCUGUCGAUCAAUACUGUAGGGAGAACUUUGUGUGCCAGAAGUCUAUGGAUAUGUUCGUCUCGACAGUGCAAACACUUCGUCUUUCUCUACGCCGUAUCAUCAAAUUAAGCGACCUUAAUUCAGCCACUAAAUACGAUAACAACAUGAACUUGGUGCGUUUGGCCUUAACUGCUGGACUAUAUCCCAAAAUUGUCCAUAUCGACAGAUCGAAGAUUGGAAAACGUCGACUGAUUGCCGAGGGCGAUCCAAAUGUUCAGCUAUCUAGAAACUCGGGAAUGACCUUGUGCUUUUCCAAAAAGCCAAAAAGUUCUCUCAUUGAUUGGUUGAUAUACGUGGAAAAGUCACGUACAGCCGGCCAGGUGACUCACAUUGAGCAUGUCACAUUGAUUACCACUCUAAUGGUGGCGCUUCAAUGUGGCAAGGUGGCCAAAUUGGAGCCAAUUGGUCCCCAACAACAUGAUAACUUCAAUGAUGAUAACGAAGAGGCAGAUGAAAAUGAAACCAAAUCUGUGUUAUGCCUUGACUCCUGGAUACGUAUAUUGGUGGACACCGAUCUGGGACAAAAGUUGCUCAAGUUACGCUCACAUGUUGCCAGCGAGUUCAAUGGAUUUAUUUCUAGUCGUGUAAUGCAACCAGAUUGUUGCCCAAGUGUUGAAUACGUCCGUAAACUGCUUGAAAUUAACUCGGAAAUUUCAGGUCUAUCGGAAAACGAUAUCAUUUUGCACUAAGUAUUACUAGAAUAUUUUUAUACAUGGGUAUUAUAUGUAUUAUACGGAGUGAUCGCACUAUAAAUACAGUCAAAAAUUAGGAUUUGCUUGCCAGCAAUUUAAAAAUGCUUUCAUUCUGUCGAAUUCUAGUCGAAUGUAAAAUACUCGUUUCUAACUAGACCUUUUUUUUUUUUAAUAAUUAUUUUGCGAUCAAAUUUGUAUUUCAAAACCCAUUAAAUUAACUUUCUUUCAAUCUUUCUGACUUUCAAUCGCGUUUGAAAUAUAGUCAUUUAAUGACCACCCACGCUAAUCAAAUAUUAAUCCAAAGAUUUGUCUACGACUGUAUUUGAUUAGGCUAUACAUUUUGUAAGCAUUUUUUAAAAAAGAUAUUCUUGGAAUUACUUAAUAUGUGAUAUUACCGAGUCAUACAAAA